UGGAGGUGAUGGAGUAAUUAUAACUGUUUAAAAGUUCAUUAGUCACUGAAAGAUGGGCGCUUUCAAGCCUCACUGACGACAAAGCACGACAAUCGAAAAUAAAAUUGUUGGGGGCAAUCAGCGGCGCACUGCAUCGGGUUCGGGAUGCCUGCCCUAAACUGUUGCUUCUGAUCUGCAAGAUAUUGAACAAUGUUGCGAUUUUCUAUUAUAAUCCCAUUGAUUUUGCAGACGUGCAUUUCAUAAACGGAAUAUUUUCAUUGGUUCUUUUAUCACGAAUUCAUUAGAGUAAUAGGUGCCGUUAUAAAAAAAAGUUGACAAUAUUGAAGGAUUAAUGUUUGAUAAAAGUGAUGCUUAGUUUUUCGUUUUCCAACUAGAUGAUACGCUUUUCUUGCUGAGGACUGGUUAAUUUUCAACAGAAAAAUUGGACAUUAACAAAAUUAUUCACAAAAUGUCCAUGUACUAUAUGCCACAUAUGGAACAUUCUUUUUUUCCCCACCAUAAAUAUAAUAUGUUUGGGAAUAUGGAUAUGGGAUGUGGAUUUCAAGGUCAUGGUGGGGUAAAUCAGUUAGGAGGGGUAUUUGUCAAUGGACGUCCCCUGCCCGACGUGGUCCGACAAAGGAUUGUGGAACUCGCCCACCAGGGAGUCAGGCCAUGUGAUAUUUCCCGCCAACUCCGAGUCUCUCAUGGAUGUGUCAGUAAAAUACUGGGCAGGUAUUAUGAGACGGGCUCAAUCAAGCCGGGUGUUAUUGGCGGAUCCAAGCCUAAAGUGGCGACCCCCAAAGUGGUGGACGCUAUUACCCGCUACAAACACGAAAAUCCUACGAUGUUUGCCUGGGAAAUCCGUGACAGACUUCUAGCUGAAGGUGUCUGCUCGUCCGAAAAUGUACCAAGUGUCAGUUCAAUCAACAGGAUCGUAAGGAAUAAAGCAGCAGAGAAUGCAAAACACUCCCCCGGGCACAGCAGUCCGUCUAUGGACACCGGAAGUCCGCCACUGUCCCAUCAACCAUCUCCAAAUAGUGAAAUACAGAGAGCCCCUUAUACAAUCACAGGGAUUCUGGGAAUUCCUCAAAGUCAGACCGCUCAAACCAUGGUGGAUCCCAACGGCAACAAAAGGAAGAGGGAUGAUCAAGUCCCAAAUGGUCAUGAAGCUGAAGUAAAAAUAGAACCAAAUACAGCCGAUAUCAAUCAGAUAUGGUACCAAACCCAACCUAGACCAACGAAACAAGCCCGAGCCGAAAAUGGCACCAAUGAAGCUCAAGGCAUGCCUCACACUCUGAUUAUAAACAAUGCACAAAUGUACCCCACUGGAGUACCCACAAAUCUUCCUCCUAAUUAUAAUGCUCAUUUUGUUAACACAACGACAACCAUUUCUGCGGAUGUUUUAAAACCCCAAGUCGGAGUCGAGUACACUAUUGCAUCUCCGGCAAUAGGCACGGUGGCCAAUUCCGAAUCUCAAAGCACAACAACCAACUUCGCCACGACAUUAGGUCACCAACUGGGAACAGAAAUAAGUGUAAAUGCACAGACUCAGGAAUUGAAACCAAUUGUGGUUGCCGUGGCAACGGAAGCACAGCCACCCGCGCAACAAGAGCAAUUCCAAGAAGCAACCAACAACACACCAACUUCAUCAUCAACACCAACCAUCAACAAUAAUAACAACACCCCUCCCCCCAAGGCGGGCUCCCCCAGCUCAGGGGGUGGGUCUAACAACCUGACAGAGCUUAAGCCCGUUCAACCCACUAUGUCCCAGUCUUAUACACCGUUGCCGUCGUUUUCGGGACAAUUUUCAAGUCAAGCUAGCAGCUAUAACGGUUCACAUGCUACGUUUCCCAGUCAAGCUGUUGUGGGCAGUGUUGUACAACCUCUAGUAAUAUCCAGCGGAUCUUAUAGCUCAGCCAACCCACCUAGUGGGGAGUAUUACAAUGCCGCUGGGACAGCCCCCUACACACAGUAUCAGACAGCUGCCUACCCUGCGGAUCCAGCCUGGACAAUGAGAUACACCACCCCCACAGGUAUUCUAAAUACACCAUACUAUUACCAAACGCCAGUCUCAGGUAGAACCGAACCGAACACAACAGUGGCCGCGUCAGCAAGUCCUUCCAAAUCAUAACAUUGUGCG